GGCGGGGGCAGCGAACUGUUGUGGUGCGGAGCGUUGGGCUGGUGGCGGCCGGGUGGCCCAGGGGCUGCCACUGGACUCGGGGCGCAGCCGAGCGGCUGCAGGGGUGGGGCGGACCCGACGCCCUGCGGGGCUCGGGCGCCGCAGGUUCGAGGCCGGGCCCCGCGCGCCGGAGGCCGCGCUACCCCCGGGGAGCUGCCCAGCGGUGAGUUUGCCCAGCAGCCGAAAGAAGGCGGGAGCCGGCGGGGGCCCUCGAAACCUUCUGGCAACCUGGGCCCGGAGUCUCCGGGGACCUGCCGCUUCCUGGGUCGCCCUCCCGGACGUCCCAGCCGAAGGGUAACUGUUCUGGGCCCCCGGCAAAAGGAGCCUUCAGGUGACCCCCGGCGGGGCCCUGCGAGCCGCGGGAGCCAACCUCGGGGCCUGGAGCCGGGGAGGAAGGGGGCUUUCCGGAGACGCGCGGCAGGGUCCGAGGAGCCGUAGCGCAGCGGAGCGGAGCCGGGCCUCCCGGGCACGGGGCAGGGCAGCGCGUGCUCUGGAGACAGACUCUGGGACCCUCGGGUGCGGGGGCCUCAGCGACUGCCCCGCGGGGAUCGCGGCCGCGGAGUGGCCUACAGGGGAGCCUACCCCCAAGAGGCCGGCCCGGGACGGGGAGAUGAACGGCUUUAGCACCGAGGAGGACAGCCGCGAAGGGCCCCCAGCCGCCCCCGCCGCCGCCCCGGGCUACGGCCAGAGCUGCUGCCUCAUCGAGGACGGCGAGCGCUGCGUCCGGCCGGCGGGCAACGCCUCCUUCAGCAAGAGGGUCCAGAAGAGCAUCUCGCAGAAGAAACUCAAACUGGACAUCGACAAGAGCGUAAGGCACCUGUAUAUCUGUGACUUCCACAAGAAUUUCAUCCAGAGCGUACGGAAUAAAAGGAAGAGGAAGACGAGUGACGAUGGCGGAGAUUCUCCUGAACACGACACGGACAUUCCUGAGGUUGAUCUGUUCCAGCUGCAGGUGAACACUCUACGACGCUAUAAACGACACUACAAAUUGCAGACCAGACCAGGCUUCAAUAAGGCCCAGUUAGCAGAAACUGUCAGUCGACACUUCAGGAACAUACCUGUGAAUGAAAAAGAGACCCUUGCCUACUUCAUCUACAUGGUGAAGAGUAACAAGAGUAGACUGGACCAGAAAUCAGAGGGCAGCAAGCAGCUGGAGUGAGGAUGAAGCACGUCCUCGGGAAUGAAGUCUGAUGCUUGACGCACAGGUGACAUCUGCUACAGCUAAGCCCGUAAAGACUUCUAAGUUUUAUUAUAAAUAAAAAUGUUUGAAUGAUACAUACUGUAAAUCUUUUUGGUCAGGAGGAUUAUAUUCUCCUGAUUCAGCAUGUGUAUACAAAGACUUUGUUUUAAGGCAACUACUGGGCUGAAAAAAAAAAGCAAGAUCAUAGAAAAAAUUAAAGAAAAACUACGUAUUGCAGCAUUCAAAACAGCAUUAAGUCAGUGCUACUGGAAAUGAGGGGUAACGUAUUUUGGGAGUCACCUGGUAAUCCCAUUCUGCCACGCGUGAGAGGUAGCGCUGUGGCAUCAGCAGGGUGGCGGUGGUGGAGGAGGUGCGUGAGCAGACCCCUGUGUGCUGGGGCCAGGGAGGCCCCGCCUUGUUGCAGGCUUUGUUGAUCAGCAGAUCGGUUUGACCCCCGGUUCCCCUUGGCUGGCCCCGUGCCUUACACACAGUAGGCACUCCAUCAGCAUUUGUUGGCUAAUCGAGCUGUCACUAAGAGUGCCAGCCUUGUAACAGCUGCUUCACACCUGCAGUUAAUGAGGCCUCUGCAACUUCUGUGGUUUACCACUUAACUUCUAGAGUGUGGAGGAAAUCCUGACGGACCAACAAGAGGUUUCACAUCAAAUGAGCACCUCAGGACAGUCACGUGUGCCAAGCUGUGUUUGUGGAGGUUCCAGACACACAGGUGCAGAGAGACCUCGCAGGAGACGUGGCCCUUUGCACACCCUUGUGCACUUCCUUUUUUCGGGUGAAGUUGUGUGUUGAGAUUUCAGCCAUUCUCCUGGGCCGUAAAUGCUUUUGCGAAUGGAGGUGCUUAGAGGUUUGGGGCCCAUGUUUUCAGAAGUGCUAAUCCGUAGUUCACGACCACCAAGAAGGCUGCCAAGGACUAUGUGCUUCCUGCUCAGAAGUCCAGCUCUGGGGCAGAAGUCUGCCUGGCCUCGACGCCCUGGGCUCAGGGGUCGGCAACAAACCGUGGGCCUGAGCAACAGAGACCAGUGCCAGCCGAUGCACUCGUUCUUAUGAGCAGUGUGCCUCCCUUUAGGGAGGAAGAUUGUUAAAAUGAUUCUUUAAGUAUUAAUUACCCAAUUUUUUUAUGUUCACAGACUCAGCUUCCUCUCUAAUUAUGCCAUAGCCAAAGUAUCCUUUGAAAACAAAGCUUUAUAUCCAAAAUUCUGCUUUUCCAAAAUUUUCUAAUCAGCGUGUUGCGGGCAGAGGGUGUGGACAGGGAACGGGAGAAAGAGAGAAGGAUGUGGAUGCUAAUUUCUGGCCGUUUUGACAUACGCUGUGGUCAAAAAUACCGUUUCUUUACUCGGUUUUAAAUCUGAGUUCUUUCUUAAGCCUUAAGUACUAAAAGGAGCCGUGGACGGCCCGGCCAGGCAGAGCUGUAGGGUCUCGCAGCGGACGGCUGGGUCUGAGUACAACACGGAGAAGUCAGAGUGGAAACCCCCGCUGAGCUGGGCGGUGGGUUCGGUUCUGUGGGGCCGAGCGCCACGCUUCCGGUGGACUGGGAACAGGGCCACCACUCUCCCUAAAACACAGCGUGUCCCACUGCAGCAAAGCUUCCUCCUGUGUCCGAAACGCAUGUCUAGCAGAUUGCAUUUUCUAAAUAUGUAUAAAUGAAUGUACAUAGAACAUACUCUAGACUAUGAGAGGGUCUUAUUUUAACACACCUGGCUGUGGACGGCACGUCAGGGCACUGAGUGUCUAGUCAUUCAGAUCCAGUGUGUAUUUAGAGGUCAUCUCACUACUUAUAGCUGAAGGGAGUUGAUGUGUAGGCAUCAAGAAGGCUCAAAGGUGUGUGAUUUAUCUAGGUUUCAUUUCUGAGAGGCCGAAUUAUAAAGGGCAAUGGUGUUCCACACCAAGUCCCCUCUUCCGGGGGCAUUUUUUUCUCAUCAGACUGGAGGCUGGGGGCGGCUGGGCCUGAGAGCUAAGGCGUCAGAAACCUGCUCUCUGGAAAUGUCCCUGUCUUCUUGAGAGAGUGUGUCUUUCUGAUGUUUAAACCAAAAUGAUGACUGUGUAGGUCAUGUCACCGUUUUUCUAAUGGCAAAUCUGUCUUCCCAGUUGAGAGAGACAGCAGUGCAUUUCUAUAAGAGAAUACAGUGUUAGGAUCCCUCUGUGCAAGUGAGUCUGUAAGAAUGCUUUGUUCUGAGGGGCAGCCUGGGGAAACUCGCCACCUUCAGCCAGAUGCUGUAUACACUUGAGUCGCAUGCCGUCUUUCCUCUAAAGAGAGCUGCUUUUGGAAAGUGGAGAUUGUGGGUAUCUAUUUCACCUUUGGAAACACAGAAGGUGAGAGAAAAGACAAAGCUUUCCGAACUUACUUUUGUCUUGUGUGCAGAAGUCUUCUUUCAUCAAACCACUAAACCACUUGCCUUAGUCUCUUCUGCAGUUUCCCAUGGCUUGACCUGUGGGCAGGAGACUUCUGCCUGUUGGAAAUGGCCAGGCCCUGCAGAGCAGCUGGGUCAGGCCUCAGGGAGCAGUGGGGCUUGGGGAAAGCAGUGUCCAUCUUGGCUGCCUGCAUUUUUAUGCCACCUGUCAAGGACUCUUGCGCUUCUCUCCACCUGUAACAUUACAACAUUGCCUUUUCUCCUCUUGGUGCUCCUGGGCAAAACUGGAAUUUGAAAUAGAACUGGUGUCGUCUUCUUAAAGAUUACAGUGCCUGCCUCAGUUCCGGCCUGGUAUGGUUCUCCGUAUGCCCCGAAGGUUGUCACGUGGACGUGCCAAUAUCCUGCUGUUCAUAUUGCUGCGUUUUAAGAAACCAGUGGACAAACUUCUUAUUUCAGUGAACAAACUCUUACGUUGGCAACAAUCAUAACUGAAUCUCAUGAAAGACUGAAACUAAGGAUUCAAGACUGGCAGUGUAAAAUGAAGAGGAGUUUAUGUGUUACGGCUGCUAAGUUGCUAGAUGUUCCUGUCAUAGCUAAAUACUCAACUGCUAGCCUUCUGGAGAACAGAUACUAAUAAUUGUUUGCGGUCAUACUGUUGCAUCCAACCUUGGCAUUUCAACUGUUUAUUUUCUGGGAACUUUUGUGUUACUAUCCUACAGGACAACUGCCUGGUGGAAGGGAGAAGGUAGGAAGAGAAGCUUACUCUGGGGGCCUUGCCUAUUGCAAUAGGCUGCCCCAAGCCAGAGCAAGGGCUUCAUGGAAACCACCUGAAGGCCCUCGCUCAGUACAAUGACAAGAUCUGAAAGUUGGGAAAGGAGCUUUAAGUCACCCAAUCCCGUCUCCCCAUAGGUGCUGACCUUCCUCCUACAACCGUCCCACCAAGGGGUUGAGCAGUCUGGGCUUAAACACCUCUGAGGACAGAGAAUUCACUACCUCCCAGGGGUGUCUGUUUCUAUCUUUGUAAACCUCUGGCUUUUCUAUGUUCUCUGUGACUUCCAUCUGAGUCUCUGCCCAAUGAGGGCCACAUGGGAUAAGUUGCUCAUCUUGGCCAAGGACCUAGUUGCUUGCUGACACUGUCCCAGGGCAUAACAAUUGAGUUUUGAAAAGAAGUAGCUAGCAAAUAGACACGUUGUCGUCCUGACUCUCCAGCCCUCUGAGCAUUGGUGCGUUUAGUUCCUUGUGGAGAACGCUGGGGAAUCCCCAUCUCCUGGUUGCGCUCUCCUGUGCUUGCUGAAGCGGACGGAGGACGUCAGCAGAGGCCGGGAUGCUAUUGGCCUGAUGGGAAAAACCCAGCACGGAGGAGGCCUUAGUGCUGUGUUUGUCCCACAAACACCAAUGCUCACAUCACUUAGGAAAAACUUUAGCUAGAAAAUUUUAAAAUGUUGCUCUAUGUGGUGUUUGAAGUUUCCAUGGCUGCUGAAGGCUUGCACCUUAAGAUUCCUGAAAGUACUUCACAUACUAUUUUUACCAAGAAGGCAGAGCUUAGGAACUUGGCCAAAUCGGGGAACCACAGGCCUCAAUGUCUGAGAAGCACCAUAUUUUCAAGCUUGAAAGUCCUAUAAGGUUGCUGUUGUCCAGUUCAUUUUUAGAGGUGGGGAAACUAAAAUUCAAAAAGAGCUUUCCCUGAGUCCCGCAGCAUUGCUGGACUCACCUCUGUCUUCCGGGCCUGCUCAGUUUCUGACCUGCAGUGUGGCUCAAUUCAGUCUAAAGUGACCUGCCUCCGCUUCUUGAGACCUUGAGACUGAGCUGAGGUUUCCAAGACCAACCUGCAAACUCAAGGCUCAGUGAGUGAUUAAAAAAAGCCAUCAGCUGAGUUUUGCAAAACAAAUGAAAGGCGCAAACAGAGCUCCUUUAUAACUUAAGACCAGCACCCAAAAGUGUUGGCAGGAUACUCAGUAUUGUCCUAGAAUCUAAAUUCCCACAGAAUGGGCUUGCCCGUGAGACCUGUCAGUCAGACCCCCGCCUUUCAGGUCAUCCUCGGAGAGCCUGGGACUCUGCCAGCCCUGACCAGACAGACGCAGCUCUGUGGCCCGGAGAUUUGCAGCCUUCCAGCCCCUGAGCCAAGCGGUUGCUGAGCCAAGCGCUUGAACAGAAGGACAGGAGGGCCCAAGAUCAUGCCCUGAGAAGCACAGUGCUUUCAGGGUGCCUUUCUACUCCUUUCAUUACUGACUGUUUCCACGUUUGCGGUUAGGAACGGUAAAGGUGAUCUGGUGUCUCUGGGUAGAAUGCAGACUGCAGCAGGGUGGGACCUUUCCUUAAGGUAGAAAUGUCUACGAUCAGUUCUUUCAUCUAGCUUGCAUCUUAAAACACAUACGUUUUGGUUGCUUUCACUUAACGAACACAUCUUUGCCAGCGACAGGGCUGUACGGGACCCUGUUGUACAUUCGUGCCCAUCGGAGUGUUUGGGGGGUGUGGGUUUUUCCAUUUUGUAACUGCCUUAUUGAAAAGCAAGUGCCCUUCCAUUCCAGGCCUCCUCAUAUUGUACGUUUCCUGCCAAACUUGGGGGAUCAUUUGUAUUUUAAUUUUGUAAUCUAUGGCUCUGUACUGUUGAAAGGCUCUCAAUUCUGUGGGGUCUCCUUAGUAAUGUAUGUGACUUUUCAUGUUGCAAUACCACACAGAUGGGACGGCCCGACUUCCGCUUUUAAUAAACGAUCUGAAUGAGUAACAA